GCCAACAACUUAUCAUUUAUUAAGAGCGCGAAGUUCAGUUUGAAUUUGAAUUUUAUUCAAAUUUGGCGUCUAUUGUCCAGCCAAUAGAAAAAUAAUUACUUGGAUCCAGCCAAUAGCUAUUGUCCUCAGAGAUAGAAAACAAAAGCCGUUAAAUACCACUAUGUUCCAUGGCUUAUUGCAUUUAGCGUCAUGUUUUAAGUGGGUAGUUGAAAGUGCAUAAUAUUUUGUGCAAAGAAAAUUCGGAAUUUUAAACGGUAAUUGUUGAUUUGAAAUGGCUUCACCAAGCAAACGACUUCGACUUUCCCCGAGAUCAUCCCAAAGUCUUAGGACAACUCAGGAUACCCAGGACUCGAAGAUUACAAGUACCCCCAUAAGAUCAAGUGGAAACUUCCAUUCUCCAGACAUUUCAAGUAUAUCCUCUAGCAGAACUGUAAGAACGCGGUUGUCUGAUGUCUUUGAGGCAGAAGAUAAUAGAGAAGUUUUCGAGUCUUCUAGCAUCAGUGCCAAAGAAAAAGAUGCGAGGUCAUUGACUCCUGCUACCACAGUUUCCGAGGUUUCAUAUAUUCCAGUGGAGGAGGACUACGAUGCAUAUUUCAAUAAUUUGGGAAGAAUCAAAUAUGUAGGGACAGUUUGGAAGUUGUACAAGCCUGUGAAUGAGCAUUCACUUUAUCAUAAAAUUCUAGACGACCCUUUAAGUAUACAGGAAAUUGUUACAAAAUUGUUCUUGAAAUUCAACGAGAAACCAGAAAAAGUUGUUCACAGUUUAAUUCAACUCUGUUUGGAUGUUGCAAAUUUCCAGAAUUUUGAUGUUACCAAGUAUUACAAAUUUCGGGAAAAUUCAGAGAAAGAAAUUAUUGCUUUACUGGAAACUGAUGAAGUCAUUGAUGAUCAUGAGAUACUAAAGAGUAGUGGGAGAUACUUAUUUAUGGAGUCGAGAAGUUCCCUUGUAAAAACGAUGAAAAUGGCCAUUUACAAUUUCUUCAAAAAACUGAUCCUGGCUUCAUAUGAUAAUAACGUGCUGUUCAAUAAAUUUUUCUCGAAAAAUCUUUUUAAUUUCAUCAAGUGCAUGUCUUUCAGUAAUAUGAUGGUCCUUCGACAUACUGGUGUCAUUAUAGCUAUGAAAAUCCUGACAGCUUUAGUGAUAAUUUACAACAACAUCAUUCAUCGUCUCAACAACUCAAGUUCAUCUGGUUCUGUUGAAUCAGAAAAGAUUGAUCGAGAAAGUCAAAGAAAAGUUUUCAACAGUCUAAUUGAAUAUUUCUAUUUCAUAGUCAUUAAAAACUGUCGUUUGCAAGAAAAUAGAUUACUCCUUAUGAGAAUAGAGUGUAUACAUGAAUUUCAAGUUUGGGUGAAGUAUUUUCCAAAAAUUUUCAUCAGUGAGCUCCAAGUUUGCACUUGUUUAAACAGACUCAUAAUUGAUUCGUCGAAAGAUGUCCGAUAUGCAGCUCUUGAAGCAUUCGAACGUUUUAUAGAAUCUCCUACUAUUAUAGAGUUCCUAAAACCGAACAUAUCUGAAUUUAUAGAAGUUAUUUCUAAAAGGUUUUACGACAUCGAUUAUAAAGUGUCAGUAAAAGCAAUAGAUAUUUUUACCAUAUUGUUACAGAGUAAUGAAAACUUUGUAUCUACUCAUCAUUUUCAAUUGAUAACAAAUUUGGUUUUUGAUAAAAUUUUCCAUGUAGCAGAGGCUGCUGCUCGCUUUCUUAAAAAAUUUCUUCAAGUUCAGGAAUAUUCCUCUGAAUGUAUACUUGAAAAACUUGCAAAAAUGUCACUCUUGCCUAAUGAUUGUUCAAAACAACUUGUUGUCGAAAGUUUCCUUAAUUGUUGCUCGGAAAUGCAAAACUGGCAGUUAUAUUUGAAACUUUUGCUUGGCAAAGAAAUUCAAGAUCUGAAAAUGAGGGAAGCCUUGGCCGAAAUGUUAGCGGAGGCCAUACAUCAAAUUUUGAUUGGAAAAUCUACAAAACAGAGAACGUUUUCACGAAAAGGUAAAUAGGUCUCUCUGAUGCUUUUUAAGUCGUUUUUGCCAAUGAGAAAAUUC